AUGCGGCUCUCUUCACUAACGGCCUGCGGCCCCGGCGCGGCAGCGGAGCUUGCCAGUAAGGUGCGUGCGCUCAAGGCGGAUGCUGUCGUCUGGUUCACCGAGUCCUCGCAGCCGGCGGAGCUCGCAGUCGCUCUCGCCGACUCUGCAGAGAGCGUCGUCGGAGCAGUCACGACGCAAGGCCUCAUCGGCGGCGGCGGAGAGCACAGCCGGUCGCUCGGCUCCGCGUCGAUGCCCGGAGUGCCGUACUCCUUUUCUCCGUCGCCCGAGGCGGAGCGGACAGUCGCGCUUGCCAUCUCCGGACUCAGCGGCGGCGCGAGCCUGCUCCCGUGGCACUCGCCGCCGGACGGCCUGCCCGAUCUCCCAGAGGCCUUUUGGACUGACCACGCUGUCGCGCCGCCCGAGAUGUCUCCACACCUGCUGCUGCUCGCGGCGCCGCCGUCCUCGAGCUCGUUUGGCGUCGAGCG